AUGAAGCAGGCCCUCACAGACCAAGAAAUACACAACUUAUGUUCGAAAUUCGACGUUGAGGUUCGGGAAGAAGCCUCGUACAUCCUAUGGUGUAUAUGGAAGGAAAGGCAUACAGACCGUGCUAGUUUGCAGGAUUGUAUCAGCGCGCUGGUAGAUGACGACGAUCUAUUCAUUGCUCUCCAGUCUGCCCACUCAAGUGGUAUCUACGAUGUCAUAAGGAAUUGGAAACAAAAGCCCUUGAAACAUUCUGUUAACAAAGACGCGUCCAUCGAAGCAGACAUACGCGUAAUUCUUUCAGAAUUACAUCCCACCAUGAAAAAGCUAGUCGACGGAGAAAUUACGCUGCCUAUAUGGACUCCAGAUUUUGUCGAUUCCGCAGUAUCCUCGCAUCUCACGAACUUGAAGAUUCCUUGCCUGAAGGGAAAGCCAAAUCUACUAUUGCACGAUCUUGGAAGUUUUAAAAACGAUCCAAUGCUGGAAAAGCGUCUCAAGAAUGUAUUCAUGCCCAACAAUCACACGUUUCUUGUGAACACGUCUGGCUCUGGAAAGACACGUCUUUUGCUUGAGGGAUUAUGUGAGAAUUGGGGUUUCUACUUUACAUCUCUGGUAGAUUCCAGUCUCCUUGGAUCUAGCGAUGUGCAGAAUAGUAUCCAAACACAUGUCCCCGAUUCCCCCAGAUUCCGAUCUGUUCUACCCCCACCCGGUUCCGCGGGGUAUGAAUCCGCACUCAAAACUAAUCGCGAAAUUGCCAACCGGUUAUUUCGCCAAAUAUUUCUCGCCCGUCUGAUCAUCUUCAACUCUUUUGCUGAAACCAUGAACAACAGCAUUAAAAUGAACCAACUCACCAACAGGGCCGCAAAUCAAGACUCUAGAACGUACAAAGCACGCUGGCUGCUCCUCCAACUCCGGCCUUCGUUCGUCCACCCGCAAGUUUGGGAUAUUUUCGACGAGCUGUCUUCCAAACUCUCGGGAGCAUCCGAUAGUUUCCUGAAUGGCAGGACGAAAACGCUGCUUGCCAACGUGCGGAGCUUGUGCUCGCAAAUAGACAACUACCAUCCGCAGAGCAGCCCUGCAGGUGGUAAUUUCAAUGAAAUUAGUGAUAGUGGUUCGCAGAUGUCAACUUCGGAUACUGCGCAGACGCCCCUGUUCUGCGUGCUUGAUGAAGCCCAGCACGCAGCCACCCAGCACAACAGCUCGUUCCGCUCUGAUCAGAACGGCGCACACCGUCCGAUCCUGCGCGAGGUUGUCAAAGCCUGGGAAGGCCAGUCUUUCGGGCAAGGCGUGUUCAUGGUUGUCGCAGGAACUGGAAUCUCAAAAGAUGUUGUCGAUCAGGCUAUGGCUUCAGCCAUCAUGAAGGACUCGAGGUAUAGAUGGUGCUCUGAUACGGGUGCAUUCGAUCAUAAAGAGGUCCAGGUUCGAUAUCUACAGAAAUACCUGCCACAAAGCCUCCUUGAUUCGAAUGCUGGCGUGCGUCUGGUAGAAAGGAUAUGGUACUGGUUGCACGGAAGAUAUCGAUUUACUGCAGGUUAUGUGUCUGAACUGCUCUUGAAUGGGCUGAAAAGACCACAUGGCCUACUGAACGCCUAUGUCCAACAUUUUGCCAACUUUAAUGUAACCGACGCAUCCAUGUUCGUCAAGCAAGAGGGCAAAGAGGCGUUGCCGGUUCUUUCUCAAUACAAAUUAGAUUUCUCAAAGUUGAAGAAAAACAGCGACAUGCUGACUACAAUCCAGCAACUGACGACACAUUACCUCAUGCGAUCUGUCUUGCCACUUACUCUCGGUAAAGAUGAAGCGAUUUACGUCGAAUACGGAUUCGCCCGCUUCGUGGACUCGGACACCAAAACCGUCGCCGUCGACGAGCCACUCGUUCUGCUUGCAGCCACGGGGUGGAUCAACGCCAACCACCGCACAAGCUACAAAUACUUCGCCAAACAGAUCCACCUCCACGAUCCGUCCUCGAACGGCUUCGAAAAUUACAUCGCGUUCUGCAUUGACCUGCUCUUCUCCAGCAGACGGCGCGUUAAUGAGGUGUUCCAUUUUUCUGGGAUAGGGUACGGCGCGGCGCCUGCGUGGAGCUCGCUUGAAGCUGAGCUCGUUGCGCUGCAUAGGACAGACCUCGACACUAUCGAGGAGAGCGCAGUAAGGCACUCGCAGUUCUUCGGGCCGUCCGUCACACUGGGCACGAAUGCCAAAUCGCCUGAAGACACCUCGAGCUGGCUGGGACACAAUUCAUAUACCCCAAUUUGCUUCCCUCAUAUCUCGAUGGGCCCCGAUCUCGUAUUUGUCCUGAGGUUAUCUGACGGUUCGCUUAUCUGGGUCGUACUGCAGGCCAAAUACUCGCUAGGCAAGAACGGGACACUGUCGAGACCUAACCUGCGCAAAUCGAUGCGAAGCGUCACCCCAUCGUAUUUCUUCUUAGACAAGGACGGGAAACAUUUCUCUCCAACGAGCUAUCCAGACCUAGUCAACGAGAUCCACGAGCGUCUCCUCGGUCUUCCUCGCCGUCGGGCUGACGCAGGGAAAUACAGUCUCCUGCGCGUCGUCGCCUCCUUCCCCGCCGACACCAACCUCAAACGGUGCAUCGACGAAGACCCAGACCAAGAUGGGCACCCCAUCGCCAGCCUCAACAUGUCGCUGAUCAAACAGAUAACGCGGCGCAUGUCACCUAUAGACUUCCUCCAGGGCCUGCAGGACCCUCUGCAAAAUUCCGGGAGGACAGGGAAGAGGAAGAGAAGAGUCGAUCUGGGGUCGUCUUCUCAGGCUGCCAGUCGUGCCACUGGCAGCUCAAAAAAACUAAAGCUUAACAUUUAA